GUGUAUCAUAAAUCUUGUUAAGUACAAUUAGAUUUUAUUCCGCAAAAAAGUGCUUUCAAUUAUGACAAAAACAGCAAGAAAUGGUUAGAUACUUCGUAGACGCACUAGAUUAAAAAUAUUUCCAUUGAGACUUUAGAAUUGUGUGUGUACAACCUAUACAAACUUUACAACAAACAGGAAGUUUACAGAAAAAAAAUAGCUGCUUCAAUUGUCAGAAAAUUAACAUAGAACCAUAGUAAAUGAUAUCGCAUCUGACGAGAUUAAAAGAAUGUUAAAACCGUCUGAAUAUAUAAAUGUAUGGCUGCCGCUAUUUGAUAUAAUUUCAGCUUGCCUUUUUCUAUAUAUGUUCUGUCUGAAUUAAAUAAUGUAUAUAGGAAACGUACCUGGGGAUAUAUGUUGCCACAAAUAUUUAAUAAAUUGCCUGAAGCUGUUUGUUACAACAUAUAUACUAAUCCAUAAACGUGUAAAAAAAUUGUAAAGUGGAACUAUUUACCAAAUAACCGACUGUGCAAGAAAAAUAUAUUCUAACUGACAUAUAAACCCCAAAACGAGUUUUUGUUUAGCUAUUUUAUGCUUAGCGUGUAUUUGUUUCUGUUGAUACUCUGAAUAAAUGGAAAAAAAUUACUCUUCUACCCAUUUCUGCCAUAAGGUAGCGAUACAUGUAUUAUCAUCUCUUGAUGCGUAACAUAUUCUUACUCCCAGGGUAAAAAAGCCAGCGCUAUCUCUGAUGCAAGAGGCUACUUAGUCCUCAGGAAUUAUCAUAGAUAAACACAUUACAUAGAUAACGAUAUUUUAAUAUAUAAUACACAUAUACUGGCGUCUAAACUGGGCAGUAAGCUGCCUGUAUUAAUCGAAAAUGGUUAAAAAGUAUUUUAUAAGCUUUUAAUCAUUAAUGCACAAGCAUCUACUUUAUAUUUAUCAAGUAUAUUUUUAUAUCUAUAUAUUCUAUACGUAGACACUUGAAUGGUCAUUCGAAUAUGUAACAUUUUUAAAAAUAAAACAAACAUUUUAAUGGUAAAAACCUACGUUCGUAAACAUGAAAAUGCCAUUAAAAAGAAUAAAUAGCAGCUGUCGAAAACUGUCACUGUAAUAAAAAUACCUUCGUAGUACAAAUUCCCAUAAACAUUUAUUAUAUUUUCUUUCUACAAGUUUUAUACUAAAUAAAAAUGCACACGGUUGGCUUACCGCGCACCUGCCUCGGUUUUACCAACAUAUUGUUCUUCUUAUUUGGUUUAAUAGGCUGCAUUAUUUGUGUCUGGUGUGCUAUUAACACUGAAUUCUUUCAAGACGUAAACUACACGGUGACUAAAAGUUCACUAGUUGACGCUAUAGCACGUUCCGUGAACCUCAAAUUAUGGUUUACGCCGUUGACCUCAUUUCUUAUUCCCCUAACUGUAUUAACUAUGGUAACGUCUUGCUGCGGCAUUCUUGGUUCAGGAUGCAAAUUUAAAUGUGCUAUAAAGUCAUACAUUUUCUUGAUCACCGUCCUAUCUUCUGUAGCUUUCUGGGUAAUCUUUAUAUCAGGCAUCUACAAUAUUUACACGCGAAACGAAAAAACAAGAAGUUAUUUACUGUCCACUUUACAAACGUAUUAUGGGAGGGAUAAUGAUGUUAUAACAUCCAUAUGGAACUACGUUAUGGUGAACAACGAAUGCUGUGGUGUGAAUGGUUAUAGAGAUUUUGCGUCUUCACAGUGGCAAAAAAUGAAUACUGAUAAAUUAUUCCCAGUGCAAUGUUGUCAACUCGUGAACAAAACUGUUCUUCUACCAGUAUCAAAAGAUUGUUCAUUAAACGACGAUCCAGAAGUGAAGUCUUACAAAGAUGUCGGAUGUUUUUACGCGUUGAGACAGUUUAUUAUAGGAAGUAAAGGAAAGAUUAUAUUUUUCAUUAUACUGUUGAUUAUAUUGUAUACAAUUCUAAUGUUAUUCGCCUACUGUAUUAUAAGAGGGGAACCUUUAUUGCAAGCUUUGACGGAACGAUCUAUAUUAUUGCCAUCGAAAAACUGGGAAAUUUCUCAACAGACGUCAGCAAGUCCUAGUGCGCCAGAUGAAAAUAUGUAUUUAGAGGAACCACCUAAGAAAAUAGUAAGGGUCGUGUCGGCGGUGAACCCAUUUCAAACGUAUAAAUUUACGCCCAAUGCGUACAGUAGUGAUAAUGCAUAUCCACAAUGUGUUAGAACACAAAUAUAAACAGUUGUUAAAUAAAUGUACUUUUUUACUUUCUUUACUUAAAGAUAUUCGUACCUUGAACAGUAAGAGAACUCUUCAAGGGUUGGUAGUAUGAAUUAGCAGAUUUGU